CCAUAAAAAGGGCCAGGAAUGAACAGCACAGUUGGGCCCGUAACAUUCCAGCGGCAACGUUUCUGUCCGGACGGCAGCAUCCGUCAACAGCAGCUAGAAACCACCUUUUGGAGCUUCCAGGCUUGGAGAGGAACAUCUCAGCUCCCUGUGACACCUCAAGCGGUUCUGUUUUAAGGUAACCAUGAAAGCAUUGGUGAAUGCGAAGCACCUCUGGCUUGCAGUGAUGUGAAGAAAUACCAAUGGGGAACCCCAGUCAGUUGGCAGAUAUCUCUGUUCCAGGACGAAAGAAUCCUUUCAGACGAGAUUCGGCACUGGAAUAAAAUUGUUUCCAACAAAUGUUGAAAUAAAGAAGUAACUUCUCAAGAUGAGCAAAUUGAAAGUGGUAUCAGACAAAAGUGUCACUAACAGUUCGCGGAUUGUGAGUCUUCUGGCUCAAUUGGAGAAGUUUAAUUCAGGUUCUUUGGAGACGGAUAAUGCCAGAAAUGUUACAGCAAAGAUUCUUCAAUUGACACAAAGUCAAGAAAAAACAAGAAAAGAAAUGACUGCCAAAGGAUCUAAUGGUGUGGAAGUACUUCUAGCAACAUUAGAGAGUACGAAAGAUCUUCAGACCACUCUAAAUGUCAUAGGCACUCUUGAUGAAUUGGUGUCUGUCGGUGGAGGUCGAAAAGCCAGCUUCCUCGUCACCAAAGGUGGGACUCAGAUCUUGCUUCAGUUGCUUUUAAGUGCCAGCAAAGACAGUCAUCGCAACGAGGAGCUUCUGGUUCAGGUUCACUCCCUGCUUGCCAAGAUUGGACCAAAAGAUAGGAAAUUUGGAGUAAAAGCCAGAAUUAAUGGAGCCUUAAAUGUAACAUUGAAUUUAGUGAAACAGAAUUUGUCAAAUCAGCGGCUACUACUACCUUGCCUAGAGCUAUUAAGAGUCUAUUCUACCAACCCCGUGAAUGCAGUUUCCUUGGGGAAAAGUGGAGUUGUCGAACUGUUGUUUAAGAUUAUCGGUCCUUUUGGUGGGACGAGUACAAGCACCAUAAAGGUGGCCUUAGACGCUCUUGCCGCAUUGCUAAAGUCAAAAACAAAUGCCAGGAAAGCCGUAGACAAAGGCUAUGUCCAUGUGCUUCUAACAAUCUAUAUAGAUUGGCACCGUCAUGAUAGUCGCCAUAGUAACAUGCUCAUCCGAAAAGGAAUUUUACAAAGCAUAAAAAGUGUUACCAACAUCAAGCUGGGAAGGAAAGCAUUCGUUGAGGCAAAUGGGAUGAACAUUUUGUACAGUACUUCGCAAGAUUGUUUGCCAGUAAGGGCACUUGAUUCUUUAGUCAACACAUCUAGCCUGAUCAUGCGGAAGUGUUUUCCAAAAAAUCGCCUUCCAUUACCGACUAUUAAAAGUGCAUUUCACUUCAAGCUGCCAGUUAUUCCUGUGACCGGGGCUGUAGCCCAACUCUACAGUUUACCCCCUGAUGUGGAUGAUGUAGUGGAUGAAAGUGACGAUAAUGAAGAGAACGACGUAGAAGCCGAACACGAGGAUGAGAAGCAACCAUUUAAGAAUGAUGAUCUCGAGACUGAUAUCAACAAAUUGAAACCCAAACAAGAAUUGGGGAGACCAGUAAAUGAAUUAAAAAUGUAUGAACGUUUUUUCCCUGAACUUGGGGAUGACUUUCAGCUUUCAGAAGAGUCCUUUGGAAAAGUUUCCUGGCCUGCAAAGAAGGAUGCUGGCUCGGCUCAAGAACUCGUACAUCAAGACUGCGACUCAAUCUCUAAAGAACCGAAGCCGUUCGGCGCGGAGGACAGGCCGGGCGCGCCCAUCGUCGUGCCCACGGCGGAAGCGGGGAAGCCAUGGGAAGGCAGCAGGUCGACAAAGGGCCCGGCCCCGAAGCAGAGAGCCGCCCCGGGAGGAGCCCGGGACAAGCGACCGGCCUUUCUCGAGCUGACCAAGAGAGAGUCAAAAGAGAUCCCCAGCUCAUCCCGCCAGGUGCGGGACGAGAAGAGGAAGAUGGUGUCCUGCCAGUGCCUCGACAGCGACGUGAUGAAGGGGUUGGAGAGCCUCACCCUCCAGAGCGCCUCCAAAGUCUCCCAGAGUUACACCGAGGGGAACAGAGUCAAGAAAGAGAGCAAGAAGAGCCUGCCAGGUCCUAAGACCAGCCCCCAGGUGACCCCCUGUGGCCACCUCCUGUGGGAGGAGCCCUCCGUCCAGCUGGGCCAGGUCUGCUCCUCCAGGGCCGACCCCGACGAGGCCGACAGCCCCGACUCCCCGCCGGAGCAGACAUUCACCGAGGCGCUCCACGAUUCCGACCUCUACGUGACGCUCAUGAAGGAAACCAAGUCAGUGCCCCGGUAUUCGGAGGUGGCCUACCCCGACUACUUCGGUCAUACGCCGCCCCCUUUUAAAGAGCCCAUCUUAGAAAGGCCCUAUGGAGUCCAAAGGACCAAAAUUUGUCAGGAUAUUGAGAGACUGAUUCAUCAAAAUGACAUUAUAGACAGAGUUCUGUACGAUCUGGAUAAUCCCAGCUUUUCAGUUCCAAAAGAGGGAGAUGUUUUGAAGUUUAAUUCCAAAUUUGAGUCCGGGAAUCUGCGCAAAGUUAUUCAGAUUAGAAAAAACGAGUACGAUCUUAUUCUGAACUCCGACAUUAACAGCAAUCAUUAUCAUCAAUGGUUUUACUUUGAAGUCAGUGGCAUGAGAACAGGUGUUGGAUACAGGUUUAAUAUCAUCAACUGUGAAAAAUCCAACAGCCAAUUUAAUUACGGUAUGCAGCCCCUGAUGUAUUCAGUCCAGGAGGCAUUAAAGUCCAGACCAUGGUGGAGUCGUGUGGGUGUCGAUAUCUGUUAUUACAAGAAUCAUUUCUCAAGAAGUUCCAUUGCGGCUGGCGGGCAGAAAGGAAAAUCUUACUAUACAAUUACAUUCACAGUCAAUUUCCCUCACAAAGAUGAUGUUUGCUACUUUGCUUACCACUAUCCAUAUACAUACUCAACUUUGAGGAUGCAUCUUCAAAAAUUGGAAUCAGCUCAUAACCCUCAGCAAAUCUAUUUUCGCCAAGAUGCAUUGUGUGAAACUCUAUCCGGAAACAUCUGUCCGUUAGUGACUAUAACAGCCAUGCCGGAGUCAAAUUAUUAUGAACAUAUUUGUCAAUUCAGAAAUCGUCCUUACAUUUUCUUAUCUGCUCGCGUCCAUCCCGGAGAGACAAAUGCCAGUUGGGUCAUGAAGGGAACUCUGGAAUAUCUGAUGAGCAAUAACCCAACGGCUCAGACUUUGAGAGAAUCUUAUAUCUUUAAAAUUAUCCCUAUGCUAAAUCCAGAUGGUGUCGUCAACGGCAAUCACCGCUGUUCUUUGAGUGGAGAGGACCUGAAUAGACAGUGGUUAUAUCCCAAUCCAGAUUUGCAUCCGACCAUUUAUCAUGCCAAGGGGCUGCUACAGUACCUGGCUUCAAUAAGGCAUUUACCUCUGGUUUUCUGCGAUUAUCAUGGUCAUUCUCGCAAGAAGAACGUAUUUAUGUAUGGCUGCAGUAUUAAGGAGACAGUGUUGCAUACUAACAGUGGUUCUUCCUCCCGUGAUAUGAUCGAAGACCUUGGAUACAGGAAUUUACCAAAGAUUCUGAGUCACAUCGCCCCGGCCUUCUGCAUGAGCAGCUGCAGCUUUGUGGUGGAGAAGUCCAAAGAAUCUACUGCACGUGUUGUUGUCUGGCGAGAAAUAGGAGUAAAGAGAAGCUACACCAUGGAGAGCACGCUGUGUGGUUGCGACCAGGGAAAAUACAAGGGUUUGCAGAUUGGAACCAGAGAGUUAGAAGAAAUGGGAGCCAAGUUCUGUGUGGCUUUGUUGCGUUUGAAAAAACCGACCUCCCCCCUGGAGAACACUCUGCCUACCAGCGUGCUGGACAUAGACCAGGACUCGAUUGAAUCCAGCUGCAAAGUGACAAGUCCUACUACUUACGUUAUGGAUGAAGAUGAACCUCGUUUCCCCGAAGAAGUCGAUUACAGCGCAGAAAGUAAUGACGAACAGGACAUCGAAUUAGCCGAAAACACUGUGGAUUUUGAACCGUCUGUUGAAGAAGACUCGGCUUCUGCCUCAGGAUCCUCAAGAACAUAACCUCCUGGAACCUUCUGCCAUAUUACAUUAAAAGCAUCAAAGAAAUCAAAUGUCUCAAUUUCCAUUCAACGGGGAACCUGAGGGAUUGCCUUUUCGAAAAGGCUGCCUCCAAGAGACAAGUAACCGGGACCGGGGGCCAGUAUAAUCGAAUGGUUAAUAAACGUGCUUCUGGUUUCCCAAUCCGAUUGACAUAUGUUCUGGUCGAGGGAAUCUGGUGCUCUCAUUUAGCAUUGAACGAUCAAAGAUUGAUCCACUUUUUAAAAACACCUUUAUAUUUGAUCAUUUGACACUCUGUCUCCUUAUCCUCGUAUCUUCUAGCAAAUGGAUGGCCGUUGGUAUCGUGUCAGAGCAGAGAAUCUAACUCCAAAUUCCUCGUGGUCCUAGAUUCUUGAAAAGCAAUGUAUAUGAACAGGGAUUUCACGGGGGUGUGUUUAUUUGUGGCUCCAUGGCUGUCAGAGAUAAGAUGUUUAAUUCUUUGGAUUCCUGUUAAAUGUUUGAUUGCAUUUGAAGAAAUCCAGGGCUUGCUUUGAAGCUGUUUCACUCUACAGUUGCAACAUUAAGCAGAUGAAAAUUUAAUUUAUACAAUGUUGCACUUGUUUCUUCCCUCCCUUAAUAUUCAGCUGAUGUGGUUUUCAGCAGAAUUGAUGCUAAAUUUAUAAAGAAAGCCACACAUGAGCACACAUUUGUAAAAAUUUACGUGUGCAAAAGGAUACAAUUACUGCACUCGUUGGAGGCUUUUUAUGGUAGUGGUGCACCUGUGCCUACCAUGAAUUAUACAUUUGGGCAGCUCUCUUCUCUGAAACUACAUCUCGUGAGAGACAGCUGAAGUUGAUCACUAGAGUCAUGAGAGUUUGUUUAAUAUGAAGCUUAAGAAAGAAACCCCACAUUUACCCAGUGAGGACAUCACUAAGCUGUGGUUAAAUGUGCAUGUUGUUGUUGUCUGUUCAGCUCCACAUUUGUUUACACAUUUUCUUCUUUAAUAUUGCAUGUGUAUAUACUCCAUCAAUAUAAUCUAACUGGUGUAAAGAACUGCAUCUGUGUCGGGUAGAGAAACAGGAUGGACAUUUUGUGUUGGGACACAGAUUUAUUGAGCACCGGCUUGGUGCAGUGCCACUCUACUAGGCACCU